AUGCAAAACCCUCGUCAUCCUAAUUUCCAAAUCUUCUCAGAAAAAAAUACCUUUAUCAUCAAAGAAAACACAGAUCAAGUAACAUUAUUAUCCUACACCACUCUCACUAAUCUUCCCGCCAAAAUCGGUUGCCCUAAAUCAGGAGGUGUUCAACAAGAAACAGACGCCGAUGUGGUCGGUGAUUAUUCUGCGAAUACUAGUUGUGAAGCAGAUCCUUCUUCCUUAGGUAUUUCUGAAUAUACUGAAGGUGAAAUAGUUUUUGCUUAUCACGGUCCUCAUAUUCACGAUGCGAAGGUCCUAAAAGUUAAGAUGCAGAAAGUUGAUGAUACGGAGGAAAAGAGAUAUUUUAUCCAUUACCUUGUUUCAGCUAUGAGAAAGCAUGAGGUUCAUGAGGCUAAGAAAGGCGCCAGCAAAGAUGGCAGGACCAAACGCCGCAAGAGUAGUAUUGCCUCUCUAGCUGCUUUAAGUACUCCCUCUAGGACCGAUCAAGGUGUUCCUCUUGUCUCGAAUGAUCUAGGUUCCACUGCUCAGUUCUCUGGUCAAAGCAGAAGGACUUUUAUGUUUGAGCAGUUGGUUGAGCGUGAUUCACUGAUUGGUUGUGGCGGCUAUGUCCUGGUGUACGAUUUUUGGGUUCCUCCAGAACAUGAGGCCGUGUACACGGAGAUUGUGAAAAACCAUGGUCACAUUCCUACUAUGGAAGUCCUUCCCGAGAUGAACACAUUGGUUUCUUUGACUCGCAGCCUGUUGCAAAUUGCCGAUGAUAAGACUAAAGCUGAGCAAGUUCCUCCUUCUGCGGAGAAGUUAAAAGGGUGGGGUAAGGUAAUAGCUUCUGCUCAACGUCUGAACUUCAAUGUUAAUUGGAUGGAAGUUCUUUUGAAGGAAUUUGAGACCAAGGUAAAUGCUCGGCGGGCGCGACUUCCAAGCGUUAUUGCUAAACUGCGAAGGAAUCUGGUCCUACUGCGGGUAGAAGCCCAGGCACAUGCAGCUAUUCAGGAACGGCUUGUAGCUGAAGUUGCAGAAGUUGCAACUAAAGCUAAUGUGACUAAUGCUGCAAUUGUUACCAAUGAAAAGCUACUUCGUGAAGCAGAGGAAGAACUUGCAGCUACCCAAUGAGUCUCUUGCUUUUCUUUUUUAUGUCUAACUCUAGUUUAGAGUUCCAUUUCUUCUUCCUGUACAUAAGCAUCAAACAUCAAGUCUUGGGUAAGUAUUUUUUCGUCAAUGGGUCUAGGUUGAACAGUCACCUCAAGUAUAUCGAAUAUUACCUCUCUCAUCUCUAUGAACUGAGUACUAAGGUAUGAAAAAGGUGAGCGGAAAUUCCACCACCAAUCUGAUCUCCGUGAACUGGGUACUAAGCUUCUCCAUA